AUGAGUCUCACAUUCAAUGCUAUCUGUAGCCUAUUGCAAGACGUUGAGAAUAUUUCCACGAAUGGACCACGACCACCUUCAAAGCAGGAACAAGAGGUCAUCCAGCAGGCUGUUUCGGACUGGUUCCAAAACCAGAGAGCUGCCAUUGACGAUCCAGAUACGGAUGGCGGAGCUGUGCUCUCCAUCUUACUUCCGCACCAAAGGAAAGACCGCGUGUACGGUUUGCAAGCGCCCUUGCUCGCGAAGAAACUCGCACGCCUACUCACCUUCAGUCAUGGACAGCGCACGCUAUUCGAAAGCUGGAAGACGGGCACCUAUGGCGACCUGGGCGCAUACGUCGAACGCGCCAUGAAGCCUUGGGAUGGUACCUUUUCCAGCAAACCACACAUCACAAUCAAAAGAGUUAACUGCCUGUUGGUGCAAUUGGCGGCCGGUUGUAGAUUCUCGGACGAAAAGACCAGAAGACUUCGUGAUCCGGGGUUUAACAUCGACAACAAACUUAAAAGUAUCAUCACGAGGCUCGAGUCGUGGGAAGCAAAAUGUUUAGUCCGCCUUCUACUUCGAGACUACUGCACUAUCGAAUUGGACGAAAGAGUUGUAACGCGGCACUAUCACUUUCUGUUACCGGAGCUAUUGGCGUUUCAGAACGACUACGAGGCAGCCUUUGAUGUACUCAAAGGUGAACUUAGUUCUUAUCCGGCCGUACCUGAGUCGUGGGAAGAGGAACCCAUGCGCGUUGAGGCAGCGAAAAGACUAAAGGCUAGGGUCGGUGUCAAGAUUGGGCGACCGACCUUCCUAAAAGCAUGGUCGUUCAGCAACUGCUUGAAGCUUGUUGGCGAUGGCGUCUGGGCUGCCGAAGUCAAAUACGACGGCGAGUACUGCGAGAUCCACGUUGAUUUGGAAAAUGAAAAUAGCAACCUGCGAAUCUUCUCCAAGAAUGGCAAAGAUGCAACUGCAGAUCGUACUGCUCUACACGGCACAAUCCGCAGUGCUCUUCGUAUAGGCCAGCCAGAUGCCUUGUUCAAAAAGAACUGCAUCGUUACCGGUGAAAUGGUGGUAUACAGCGAUAAGGAGAAGAAGAUACUGCCAUUCUCCAAGAUUCGCAAGUAUGUCACGCGCUCAGGAUCCUUCAAAGUCACAUUAAACAGCUCUGCGGUGCAUCAACAGGAACAUCUCAUGAUUGUCUUCUUUGACGUCUUAACUAUAGAUGAUGAGCCCGUUUUGCGUCACUGCCUCGAGGACCGCCGCAAAAUUCUUCACAAACUUAUCCAUGCCGUACCGGGUCGGUCCAUGCUCUCAGAGUGGACCUUGUUGGAUUUUAAGACAGGGAAUGGUAUAACAGACCUUAAACAGACAUUCGCCCGCACCCUAGCCGAUCGCCAAGAAGGAUUGGUACUGAAACCGUUGCAAGCGCCCUAUCUGCCCUUGCUAUCUGAGCAAGGCGACCGUCAAACAGGUUUCUUCAUCAAGGUCAAGAAGGAUUAUCUAGCUGAUAUGGGCGAUGAGCGAGACUUGGGCGACUUCGCUGUCAUUGGAGCCAGUUUUGAUGCGCAGGCUGCAACGAAGACGACUCUAAAGCCUCUACACUGGACGCACUUUUACCUAGGAUGCUGCAUAAACAGGGAUGCGGUCCUACUGACAGGGGCCAAGCCCAGGUUCACUGUCGUCGCUAGUUUGAGCGUUGAAAAGUGUAUCCCAAGGUCUGACGCAAAGUACCUGAACAUCCAGGGCUAUAUCCGUCAGACCACUUUGCAUGAGGGUGGUGCCACUACUGAAUUUGACAUGAUAAAUCUCAGGGACCACUACUACUAUAGCCGGCGUAUGACUGUCGCCUUUAGAAGCCCCUUGAUUGUUGAGAUUCUGGGGGGAGGCUUCGACAGGUUGCCUCAUGCGUCAUUUGAGAUGCUACGUCAUCCGCGGGUUACGAAGAUUCACCAUGAUAGGUCGUGGGAGGAUGCGGUUACCAUGCAGGAUCUGGAGCGCAUGGCGAAGGAGAAAUUUUCAGUGCCUGAUGCGGAUAAGCUUGAUGGGCAUGCGAGAGAUGUUGCUUUGUUGGUUGAGAAGUAUGCCAGGGAGAGAAAGAGGUCUCAGGACACUGCUGCUACGGAGUGUACGACGGAGAAGUCACAGCGGAUGAGUCCUUGUCUUUUGCAAGAGACGCCGCGGAGUCCACCCACAGAGGCUGAAUCCCCUGUGUCAUCUGGUGGUUCUGAGGUGCAAAAGAUGCAAUUUGAUACUGACACUGAUAUUAAUACUGACGCGUCGAGUUCUGAUGGUUCUGCUGACAAAAGUGUUCAGGCCAAGGGUAUACGCGCUUCCCGCGAAUUAAGGUCAUGCAAAGCUACUCUUAAGAAAGUGAGUGCCUUGGCCCCAGACCCACAGAGUCUGACGGCACUAGAGGUGGCUAGCUCAACUGUUAGUGACACCAGCCUGCUAUCUGGUGUUGUGACAAGCAAGAGGCGGAGCCUCGUCGAACCCAUUAGUCCGCCGAAGAUUAAACGGAGAAAGAGCCGCUGUCCACUGCAGGUCUCGGAUGGGAAUCGGCAGGUGAGCCGCUUGGAUUUGGACUUGGACAUGGGUAAGCAGAGCGGUUGUAUAUCUGGGGGAGAAGGAACAGAAGACGAAAAUAGGCUGUCGAAAGAAGAAUAG